CCCCAGCAGAGAAUCUCAAAUUUUGGUGUGAGAGUGGGCUGGAUCAAGAUGGAUUUCAAAAAAAACUAAUUGACAGAAAAAUUGGAUUUGGUGUUUUUACCACCCAGCAGUUUUCAAAGGGUAGUUUUCUUUUGGAGUAUGUGGGAGAAAGAAUUACUCCAGAAGAAGCAGAAGAAAGAGAGAAAAGGAAGAAGAGGGGUCACUGCUACGUUUAUUAUUUUAAGUGGAAUGGAAUGCGUUGAGCUUGAUAAUGAUGCAGAUGAUGAUGACCCAUUUGAGUUGAAAAGUAAAAAAGAGAACCGUCUGGAGGUGGAAAGUGAUGAAGAUCCCGUUACAGCACAUGAACAUGUUCCACAGAAUGACAAGGACCAUGUUGCAUCAUAUCUUGCACAGCCUAGCACAGAGAACCGUCUGGAGGUGGAAAGUGAUGAAGAUCCCGUUACAGCACAUGAACAUGUUCCACAGAAUGACAAGGACCAUGUUGCAUCAUAUCUUGCACAGCCUAGCACAGAGAACCGUCUGGAGGUGGAAACUGAUGGAUCACUUGAAGAGGAUCCAGUUACAGCACAAGAACAUGUUCCACAGAAUGACAAGGACCUUGUUGCAGCAUAUCUUGCACAGCCUAGCACAGAGAACCGUCUGGAGGUGGAAACUGAUGGAUCACUUGAAGAGGAUCCAGUUACAGCACAAGAACAUGUUCCACAGAAUGACAAGGACCUUGUUGCAGCAUAUCUUGCACAGCCUAGCACAGAGAACCGUCUGGAGGUGGAAAGUGAUGAAGAUCCCGUUACAGCACAUGAACAUGUUCCACAGAAUGACAAGGACCAUGUUGCAGCGUAUCUUGCACAGCCUAGCACAGAGAACCGUCUGGAGGUGGAAACUGAUGGAUCACUUGAAGAGGAUCCAGUUACAGCACAUGAACAUGUUCCACAGAAUGACAAGGACCUUGUUGCAUCAUAUCUUGCACAGCCUAGCACAGAGAACCGUCUGGAGGUGGAAACUGAUGAAGAUCCUGUUACAGCACAUGAACAUGUUCCACAGAAUGACAAGGACCAUGUUGCAUCAUAUCUUGCACAGCCUAGCACAGAGAACCGUCUGGAGGUGGAAACUGAUGAGGAUUCAGUUACAGCACAUGAACAUGUUCUGCAGAAGGAUGAAGACCUUGUUGCAACAAAUGAACAUAUACCACACAUUCCACAGGAUGAUGAAAACCCUGUUGCAGCACAUGUACAUGACCCACAGAUUCCAAAGACUAAUAUUGAAUAUUAUGUAGAAGAUUCUAAUGAUAGUAGCAUCAGCAUUGUCUGGAAGGAACUAUCAUCAGUGAAGGAAUCUGACAGUUAUAUAUUAUGUCCCAUUACUGGUCAGUUUGUGAGAGCAUGUGGAAAUGAACUUAUCUAUACCAAGGAGGACUCAGAUGCUGCAUUUUCGGAUGUUGAGGACUUGGCUGAUGCUGGAAAGCCCUUUCAUCGUUUAGUGAACAAUAAAGUCAAAGUCAAAAGAAUUCGGAAAAUCAAUGGGAGGAGACCAUAUAACAAAAAGCUAUGCUGUUAUUUUUGUGGUAAAGUGUUCAACCACAGGAUUCAGAAGCAUCUAGAAAAUGGGCACAAACAUGAACUUAUGGUUGCUCAGGCCUGUGCCAAAAAUUCAAAGCGUGAAAGAGACAGGUUGUUUGAUAAACUUAAAAAUCUAGGAAAUUUUAAAUACAACAUAGAAGUGCUCAAGGAAGGAAGUGGAGAUUUAAUAGUGUGCAGAAGACCAAGCAAAGAAACCCUGACAUCAUUGGAUUACUUACCAUGCAUUCAUUGUUAUGGAUUUUUCUCUAAAAAGGAACUGUGGAGGCAUACAGGAAAAUGCUCUUUUAAGAACACCAAAUUAAAAGACCAACGAGGCAUCAUCGCAAGAUCCAGGCUUUUACUUGCAGGGGGUAUAGACUUCUGUGCAGAAAAGGAAGAUUUCAGAGUCUGUGUAUCAGAAGAACUGAAAGAAACUGUUUUGUUAAAAAUGCGCCAAGACGAGGUGUACAGUGCUCUUUGCUAA